AUAUUUUUGUUUACAUCCAAAAAUAAUUUAAUUUAUCAAAAUUUCAAAAUAGUCACAGAAAAUUUGUGUUUUGAGUCAUAUCUAGUAAUAUUAAUGCGUAAUUGUAAAUAAAAGGCAAAGAAAAUGGAGUUACCGGUUAAAACUAAUGCCUUUCAAAUAAAACCUGAUCUAGAAAACAUAAUUCCACCGAUGGAAGUUAAGAAAAUUAUCUGCAAAAUUCUCAAUGAAACUUUACUGAAUAAAAGCUACACAACAGAGAAUGCCAAGAUCUGGACAAAGAGUAUUGCAGAUGACAUUAAUAGAAGUUUGAAUCAAAUUACGCAAAAGUAUAAGCAUGUCGUUCAGGUAGUGAUAACACAGAAAAUAGGUCAAGGAUUUAAAUUUACAGCACGUAGUCGCUGGGAUGUUGAUACAGAUCGUCAAAUAACUGAAUCGUUUAUUAAUGAGACUAUAAUAUGUAUAGCAACUGUCUUUGGAGUGUACUUAUAUUAAAUAAAAUAAAAUUAUUACCUUGUAA